AUGCUUUCGUCCAAAACGUCGAUUUUUGGAACUCAUGGCCAGUCCGCUUACAGCGCGGCGAACCAUUAUAUGCCAAGCCUCGCUACGUUUUCCGUUCAGAAGCAAGACACUGCUCUACCUUUCGGAGAUUUUCUUUACCACGACUGGAUAGGCAAGCAGAGAGAUGAAGACUCACGGCUAUCAGGCUACCUUCAGCAAGAACGUGCGCAAGAAGAGGGUAACAUUCAGGAGCAAGCCGACGAGAAAAUCAAAGUUGGGGUGGAGUUGGCGGCCAUCCAGGAUCCAAAAGAAGGUCUAGCAAUUUUGAUGAAGAGUUGUACGCACGCCCUGGGCAACAUGCUUCAGUUUGACCCUGCCCAGAUGAAUGCGGGUAUGACCAUAGAUGAACACGGGGCUGACUCGCUCGUUUCCGUUCACAUCCGCAACUGGUUCCUAAAACAGCUUGGGGUUGACAUGCAAAUCCUGAGGCUGAAGAGGUGCACUGUAUUUUCCUUCGUUCCUGUCCUUUGCGCGUCAAGGACGCGAAAGUGA